CAACCAGUGGCAGCGAAGCCCCACCCGAGCUCCCUCACAGUGUUUUGUUGCUGUGGUCUCGGCGCCAUUUUGUCCCGGAGACACAAACCGUCGCUGUCAACCCUUCGGUACCAAUUGAGUCAAGAUGCUGUACCUGGAGGAUUACCUGGAGAUGAUAGAACAGCUUCCCAUGGAUCUCCGCGACAGAUUCACGGAAAUGAGGGAGAUGGACUUGCAGGUGCAGAAUGCCAUGGACCAAUUGGAGCAGAGAGUUGGGGAAUUUUUUGUCAAUGCAAAAAAGAAUAAACCUGAAUGGAGAGAGGAGCAAAUGUCGUCAAUCAAAAAAGAUUAUUUCAAAGCUUUGGAAGAUGCAGAUGAGAAAGUUCAGUUGGCAAAUCAAAUUUAUGAUCUGGUAGAUCGUCAUUUAAGGAAGUUAGACCAAGAACUGGCUAAGUUUAAGAUGGAGCUGGAGGCUGACAAUGCAGGAAUUACUGAAAUACUAGAAAGAAGGUCACUAGAGAUGGACACCCCAUCUCAACCUGUAAAUAAUCACCAUGCUCAUUCACAUUCCUCUGGGGAGAAAAGGAAACAUAACCCAUCAACUCAUCAUUCUACAACAGAACAUGCACCUGAGAAGAAGUUUAAAUCUGAAGCAUUAUUAUCAACUCUUACUUCAGAUUCUUCGAAAGAGAAUACAUCAGGGUGUAGAAAUAAUGUGUCUUCUUCUUCUACAAACAACGUUUACAAUGUAAAUUCUUCCCAGCCACUGACGACAUAUAACUUGAGUUCUCUCUCCACUGGAGCUGGGGCAGGGGCCAUUACCAUGGCAGCUGCCCAAGCUGUUCAGGCAACAGCACAGAUGAAAGAAGGCAGAAGAACAUCGAGUUUAAAAGCCAGCUAUGAAGCUUUUAAAAACAAUGACUUCCAGCUUGGAAGAGAGUUUUCAUUGACGAGAGAUUCAACUAGUUACUCCUCUUCAGCCCUGGCUUCCACAUUAACACAAACAUUAACAUCCUCUGCAGCUGUUGAAUCAAAAAGUGGGCGGAAAAGCAAGAGCAAAAAUACUUCAAGCCAGCAGUCUUCCUCUUCAUCAUCCUCUUCCUCUCUGUCGUCUUGCUCUUCAGCUUCUGCUUUAGCACAUGAAUUGUCACAUCAACAAACAGCAGCUAUUCCAGAAUCUGAUUCCAAUAGUCAAGUUGAUUGGACUUAUGAUCCAAAUGAACCCCGAUACUGUAUUUGUAAUCAGGUUUCUUAUGGCGAAAUGGUUGGAUGUGAUAACCAAGAUUGUCCCAUUGAGUGGUUUCAUUAUGGAUGUGUUGGGUUAUCAGAAGCUCCUAAAGGAAAAUGGUAUUGUCCACAGUGUACCGCUGCCAUGAAAAGAAGAGGCAGCAGGCAUAAAUAAAGUUGUGUAUAUAUAUAUAAAGGAAAUAGACUUUAAAAUACAUGCCUUCUCUUGCUAGGCAUGCAUUCUAUAUCUAAUUAGCCAUUCAUGUUCCAAUUGCCAUUUUGCUGUUUGUGGUUGUAAUAUUGCAGGUAUCAUGCAACAAAUAACUUUCAAUUGCACAUCAAAAUACGCUGUAUACUUAAUCAUUCUUAAUAACUUGAUAAACACUGGGCAUUGUUUAACAUUUUUUUGUCCUUAUAGGAUUUCAACAGAAGUGAUUUUUUUUAUGUUGUAUAUUAAAUAUUGAAUAUCUUUUGCACGGAAUUUCAAGAUGUUAUUGAACACUGUAUAUAAAAAUAUGGUGCUUAAAUCUGCAAAUUAGGAACAUGGCCAUUUGCAGAACUUCCUUUAUUAACUUUUUUGUUUCUUUGUGGAACAAUUUUUCAGCUGGCUGAAGAGCUGUAUUGGGCUGGUGUCCAUAAAGUAUGUGGAAACAAUAACUUAAUCUUCUGUUAACGAAGGAAGCAUUGUAAUGUUACCAUUUGCUUACUACAGUCAGUGUAGUAUAUGUGUUAAUCUGAUUAAUUUUAUACAAGAUAUGUACUUUGUGUAAGUAGUACAUUAAAUAGUAGUAACAGUAGAAAAUAAAGUAAUUUAAGUAAUUUUUCCAUUUUUACAUGCUUUGUCAUAAAAAUGUAAAUGUUAUUUGCAAAACUAAGUUCACAAUAUUUCAAGUCAUUUUCUUUGACACAAAUUAAAGCAGUUCAAAUCUUUAAAAACCUUUGUCAUGUUUAGUUUUUUUUAUGGAAUCUGCCGUUUAAAAAUGAAAGAUUUAAAUAAAGUUUUGCAAAAUGUGA